CGCAGCAAUUGCUGGGAUACAACUAGCUUGGGCAGUCUAAAAUAGCCCCUUGUCCAAAGCCACUGGAGUCAUCAUCGUGGGUACUUACUAAAUUAGUUCAGUUCUCUCCCAGGCGGCUACGUGAAAUCAGCCGUCCAACCCAUCCUAGGUUUAAAACAAUCAUAGAUAAAGUGGGCAGCAGCUUAGCAAGGAAUUCCAUUUCUGCCUUCACUCCAGUCAGAAAGUCCAAGAAAAUGUCCCUAGAUAAGGCACUUUUCGAUAGGCUGGGCUCACUAGCCCUCAACCUCAAUCACAAGAUCAUUGUGGGUGUCGAUUAUGGCACGACGUUUACAGGAGCCAGUUAUGUGAGCUCAAAGGGGACUGAGCUGAGCGAUGUCAUACUUAUAAGCACCUGGCCCGGUCCUUCCAGAGUUACUGAUACCGUCUUCAAGACCCCGUCCCGUAUUGCAUAUCCCGCUGAUAACCCACGGAUCAGCAAGGCACGGUGGGGAUACCAGGUGGAACCUGGGAUGGUAGGAUACUCGUGGACAAAAUUACUCCUAGAUCAGGGUACUCCCUUGACUAAAUAUGAUGAUGCUGCACUCGAAGGCGCUUCCCAGACGGGUAUCUUGCGAUUACCAGAAGGAAGGACUGCAAUUGAUGUUGUCUCUGACUACCUAGCCGAAAUCUACCAGUAUAUCCUUGGAGUAAUCUCCAAGCAAAUCACCGAGGAAGAGUUACGUAUGACUCCCCUAGAGUUCUGGUUUACAGUCCCGGCUAUCUGGUCAGAUCAAGCUCGGGAUGCCACAAAGGCUGCAGCACAACGAGCCGGAUUUGGAGCCAGUCUUCGGCGACCAAGGGACCAAAUCUUCUUAAUUAGUGAGCCAGAAGCGGCGGCAAUCACCGCUCUGAAGAAGUACAGCACGAGCAGCAUCGGAGGCUCUGUUAAGGUCGGGGAUGGAAUCCUUGUCUGUGACUGUGGUGGUGGCACCGUAGAUAUUACCACCUACCUUGUAAAUCAGGUCUUUCCUACAUUGAAAUUUGAGGAACUGUGCACGGGUAUCGGCGGUAAAUGUGGAUCAACCGCAGUAGACCGGAAUUUCUACAAACUCAUGUCGGACCGCUUCGGGGACGCAUUUGACAACUUACCUAUGAGAAGAAAGGGUCCUGGAAGUGAAUUUAUGAAACAAUUUGAGAUUAUUAAAAGAGACUUUGGAAGUUCUGAGGGCUCGGAUUAUUUCGAGCUGCCUCUGAACAUGACAGUUCCAGAUCCAGAUCCCGCACACUUUGAUGACGAAGAACGAAUGGUCAUCAUAUCAAGCGAUGACCUUUGUGCCAUCUUCGACCCUGUCAUAGAUCAGAUCAUCAGUCUGGUGAGGUUGCAAAUCAGAGAUGCCCGUCAGGAGACUGGUAAAGAUAUAAUUAAGAGAAUUGUCCUGGUCGGAGGGUUUGGCGACUCCGAAUAUCUUCGCAAAACUAUGCGGUCGUUGUUUGAGUCUUCGGGAAAUAUCACCAUCACAAUCCCCGACAAUCCACAAGCUGCUAUUGUGCAAGGGGCUGCCCUUCGCGGCUUGGCAGGCCUCCGGUCCACCACGAAAUGCUGCCGUCGGCAUUACGGAUUCAGCCGUGGCAUCCCAUUCCGCGAGGGAAUUGAUGAUGAGUCCGACUCCUACUUUCACUCUUUUACUGGUAAGAAAAGGGUCCGUGGGAUGAUGAAAUGGAUGAUUGCCAAGGGCGAAAGGUAUACUGAAAACUACACAAACCGCGUUAAUAUCUGGCGUACCCACUUUGAAUCUUCAAGUUUGAAAAAAUACAUCACGUUUUACGCCUGCGAUAAUACACAAGCCCCUGAGCGUGUAUAUGAAGAUGGAGUGUACAAGGUAGGAGAGAUCGUCGUUGACUUCUCGAAUGUAGACCUGGGUCGGUUUGAGUCGAAGUACGUAGACGGCAAGCGUCUAUAUCACCUGAGCUUUGAUCUCAAGGUCAUCUUUGGUGCACAGGAGGGGAUAUUGCAGUUUGAAGCCGUCAGCCAGGGGCAGAUCAUUGGAACGACGAGUAUCAAUUUCAACACGCUCAAGUAUUACUGAGAAUUAAACGAACCUCUCUCCAAAAUAGCCAGCGUACUUAUGUUGCUGUGAUUAUGAUCAUAUAUGAUAUUCUUUAACCCAUUGACCCGUUUGCUCUCACAUAGCCCGUCGCUCUACCCACGGGCGGUCAUUAUAUAUGUAAUAGCUUCACAUCAAAA